AUGCCUCAUCGCAUCAGCUGGCCAGGAUGCUGCUGUAUCCUCACCACCCUCAGCCACGGUGACGCCUGCAGAAACGCCCUGCAGCUCCCCAUCAACCUCCAGCUCCACCACACGGCCCUCCAGCUCCAACACACGGCCCUCCACGCCCACAGAGGCUUCCACCUCCACCGCUGCUCCACGCUCCACCUCACCACCCGCCAACCCUCGGAGCCAGGGCAGCUCUCCACCAAGAGGGGGAGGAGGAGGAGGAGGCCAGCGUUAGAGGACAUGUGGCAGGAGGUGGAGGCCAGAUUGGAGGAGCAGGAGAGGGAGGCUGAAGCCAGGGAGGAGAGGAGGUGGAGGGAGUGGAUGGACAGAGAGGAGAGAAGAGACAGGGAAAGGGAGGAAAGGGAAGAAAGAAGAGAGAGGGAAAGGGAGCAAAGGGAAGAAAGAAGAGAGAGGGAAAGACGGGAGAGGGAGGACAGAAGGGACAGGGAGGCUCGGGAGAGGGAGGAGCACUUUUUAAACAUUUUGGACCUGCUGGCCAGGAGGCAGUAG